CUUUGAUGCCCCCUCCCCCGUCUAGAAUUGGUGAUUCAAUUUACACCCCAAAGAUGUCUGGGCGGGUAGGAGGAAGAUCUAUGAGCAGACUGCCAGGGAGAGGAAGGGGUGAUGCUGGUCGCAGUUGGGGGGCAGUGCAGAGGCGUAACUAGGGGAAACGGCGCCCGGGGCAAGCACUGAAAUUGCGCCCACCCCACCCCCGCCGCCCCCUUAGCUAAGCAGGGUCCACCCUGGUUUGCAUUUGAAUGGGAGACUAGAAGUGUGAGCACUGGAAGAUAUUCCCCUCAGGAGAUGGAGCCACUCUGGGAAGAGCAUCUAGGUCCCAAGUUCCCUCCAUGGCAGCAUCUCCAAGAUAGGGCUGCAAGAGACUCCUGCCUGCAACCUUGGGGAAGCCGCUGCCAGACUGGGUAGACAAUACUGAGCUAGAUAGACCAAUGGUCUGACUCCGUAUAUGGCAGCUUCCUGUGUUCCUAAAUACUACUGCAGCACACACACAAGACACCUGUCCCAUCCUGACACUCAGCCAACUUCCAUAAUCAAGUUCCUACACACACACACACACACACACACACACAAACACACCCAGAGGCGUAACUAGGGAACACGGCGUAACUGGGGGGGGGGAACCAACACACACACACACACACACACACACACACACACACACACACACGGCUUAGGAAGGAGCGCACCCCUCAUCCUACAGCUAAUUUAAAAUGGAUUAGAGGAGGAAUGCAACGGGAAGCAGCGUGGAGGAAGGGACGGGGCGGGGAACCAACCAACACACACACACACACGCACUCACACAGGGCUUAGGAAGGAGCGCAGCCCUCAUCCAACAGUUAAUUCAAAAUGGAAUAAAGAAGGAAGGCAACGGGGAAGCAGCGUGGAGGAAGGGGUGGGGGAAACCAACACAGCCUCUGCGCUCCCUCGGGGCUCCCAAGUGUUUGCACCUCCGCCUGAGGGAAAGGAUGGAGACCCAGGAACUGCUGCCUGCCUGGUGCUGCUCAACCGAUGACGGCAGGGGCUGCACUGUCCCUGCCGCGUUAAGACCAUCUUCGAGCCCCAGCCAGGAGAACAACCGCCGCCCCAGCCAAGGCCACCGCACCAAAUACAGAUUAAUUUAAGGCACACAAACCUUUUCUUGUUCGCAUCCCUCUUAAUGUUGUUGUCCUCCUGUGCCUGCGCCCAGCCAGCAGCAGCAACGCUCUCCCAGGCCCACCCUGCCUCGUCGCCGAUGCCACGUGCAGAAGGCGAGCUGGGAGGACUCACGCAUGCUCAGAAAGUUGCUUGCGUGCAUGUGUGAGUGGGAGAGAGACCCUGGCCAGCGGCAAGCCACUAGAGGGCCUGAUCAUAAACUCCACUCCACAAGUUUGAAGCAGCAGACAAUCUGAAUGGAAUCUGUUAAAUCUUUCAGACGCACAGAUAAUCCAGGGUUGUUGUGAGGAGAAACUCAAGUAUGUAAUACACCGCUCUGGGAUCCUUGGAGGAACAGCGGGAUAUAAAUGUGUGUGUGUAACAUCUCCUUGGGCUGCUGCUGGGGCUUUGGCUGCUGCUGCUGCUGCUAUAUAGGGCAGGCUAGCCCAAGGGCUCUCGUCCUUGUGGCUCUCUGCCGUGGGGCGAACUGCCUGAGGCCCAGAAGAUCUCUCUCCUUCUGCCAUGAAGAUCCGUCUUCCUACAAUUAAGAAGUCAGCAGGAGAUUAUGCAAGUCUGGUUUUGUUUUUUUUAAUUAAGCCAAGAAUCCAUGGUGGGUUAGUCUGGGGAGAUGUGUCUGGGAGAGCAAAAAGUGGGUCUGGAGUGGGGGCAGCAAUAUCAUAGGUAGCGGGCAGAGGGAGGUAUGGCGGUGGGAGUUGGGCAGGCCAUUACAGGGGGAAACGGUCCAGGCAAUUGAGGCCUGUUCCUUUUCCCAGCCCUUCUCCCAACCCUUUGACCCUAGGGAGCUCUGUGAACACUCCUUCGAGGAUUAGGGUGCUGCUGCUGAAUGCCAGGUCAGUUAACGCAAAAAUAUCUCUCAUCCACGAUUUGAUUGUGGAUGAGCGUGCUGACCUGGUAUGUGUGACGGAGACCUGGUUGGAUGCGCUGGGCGGGGUUGGUCUCUCUCAGCUUUGUCCUCCAGCUUUCCAGAUCAUGCAGCGGCCCCGCCUCGAGGGUCGGGGAGGAGGCGUUGCAGUCAUCUUUCGAGAGACCCUCCCCGUUUCCAGAUGCCCGGUCAGGCAAUCUCAGAAUUUCGAGUGUUUGUCCUUGAGGGUGGGCCGCCGAGAUAGGCUGGGGAUUCUGUUGGUGUACCGACCACCCUGCUGCACUUCAGUCUCCCUACCUGAGCUGGCGGGGGUGGUCUCGGAGGUGGCCUUGGGUUCCCCCAGGCUUAUUGCUUUGGGGGAUUUCAAUGUCCACACCAAGGCCCCCCUAGUGGGUGCGGCUCAGGAUUUCAUGGCAACCAUGGGCCUGUCUCAAUUGGUAUCGGGCCCUACCCACGUGGCGGGACACACUCUGGAUCUGGUUUUUGCCGACCGGGAAAUAAAUGAUCUGGAGGUGGGGGAAUUUGAGACCACUCCCUUGUCAUGGACAGAUCAUCACCUGGUGGGGUUUAGUUUGACUGCUCCGUCUGCCCUCUGCAGGGGGGGUGGGCCGAUUAAGAUGGUCCAACCCCGGAGGCUUAUGGAUCCGCUUGGAUUCCAGACGGCCCUUGGGGAGUUUCCAGUGUCCAUUGCUGGUGACCCUGUCGAGGCCUUGGUUGAUCUCUGGAAUGGAGAGAUGGCCCGGGCUGUUGACACGGUUGCUCCUAAACGACCUCUCCGGCUUAGUGGAGCCCGUUCUGCUCCUUGGUUUUCCUCAGAGCUUAAGGCGAUGAAGCAACUUGGACGACAGCUGGAACGACGCUGGAGGAAGAGUCGUCACAAAUCCGACCGAACACGGGCUAGAGCCCAUUUUAGGGACUACUCCGUGGCGGUGGGGGCGGCGAAGAAAUGCUUUUUCUCCGCCUCCAUUGCAUCUGCUCAGUGCAGACAAACAGAGCUGUUUCGUGUGGUGAAAACCUUGCUCCACACAUCCCCCCAGACAAUGGGGGAGGAGUCAUCUACAGCUCUGUGUGAUCGGUUUGCCUGUCGCUUUGCAGAUAAAGUCACUUGCAUCCGUGCUGACCUGGACUCCAGAGUUUUGGCAGUUCCGGCAGACGUGCCUUUGGUACCAUCUUGUCCCAUUGUGUUGGAUUCUUUUCAGUUGGUGUGGCCUGAGGAUGUGGACAAGAUCCUGGGCAGUGUGCGUGCGACUUCGUGCGCUCUUGACCCUUGGCCUUCAUGGCUAAUAAAAGCUGCCAGGGAGGGGACAGGCAGAUGGUUGGAGGUGAUCGUUAAUGCUUCGUUAAGGGAGGGCAGGAUGCCAUCGUGCCUCAAGGAGGCGGUGGUAAGACCUCCCUUGAUCCCUCCAACCUGGAUAACUAUAGACCUGUGUCUAACCUUCCCUUUUUGGGCAAGGUGAUGGAGUGUGUGGUGGCGUCCCAGCUGCAGAGGGUCUUGGGUGAUACGGAUUAUCUGGACCCUUUGCAAUCUGGCUUCCGCCCCAGGUAUGGGACUGAGACUGCCUUGGUCGCUCUAGUGGAUGACCUACGCCGGGAACUAGACAGGGGGAGUGCGUCCCUGUUGGUUCUGCUGGACCUCUCGGCGGCGUUCGAUACCAUCGACCAUGGUAUCCUUCUGGGCCGCCUCUCGAGUAUGGGAAUCGGAGGCAUGGGAAUCGGAGGGGAGGGUCCAGAAGGUGCUGCUGGGGGACUACUGCUCGGCCCUCUGUUGUCUUGUUUUUAUGCUUGUUUUAUAUGUUUUUAGCUUGAUGUUUUUAUUGCCUGAUGUUUUUAUUGCUUUUAUUGUAUGUUUUAAUUUUUGUAAACCGCCUUGGGGUUUUCUUUUAACGAAAGGCGGUAUAGAAAUGUAAAAAUAAAAAUAAAUAAAUAAAUAUGUAUAUUGCUACUCUUAGGGAUUCAACUUCCUUCCUCUCUCUCCCACUUCCUACCUGCCCGUCUACCUUGCAACAUGGCAAGCCUCUCUCCCUGCACCAUAUGUGCAGAGAAGAUGCAGAAUCCAUCUGCAUCUAGCUAGAUAGAUAGGAAAGUGAGGAGUUAGGAUCUCUAAUCUAUCUAGAAUGGAGUUCCUUAAUAAAUGCCUUUUAUAUUGAUUUGAAACUAUGAAUUGGCUCCAAGUUAUUUUACUCUCUGCAAACACGCAUUCUUAACUAAAUCUGCUGUGUUGUGCCUCUGUGCACUCUGCUAUAAUGAGAAAGGGAUUCUCUCACCACAGAGAAUUUCCAACAAGUAUUGUAAGCCUGAUGGCCUAAUAUGGAGUUGUACUACCGGACUACUUGGCUGGCUUGUUGUGAAUGAUGAUGUGUUCAGAUGUAUCAAGCUUUGGACAGACACCAUCUUGGGUCCGUCUUGUCUUUGGGAGCUAUCCCCUAGAUGGCCACUUUGUUAACUCUGCAGCAUUCAAUAAAGCUUCUUGGAAC